CUGUCCCUUCCCAGGACGCUGGCAGCACCAGCCCGGAGCCCCCGACCCCGCGGCAGGUUUGCCUGUCCUUCCCCGCGAUCUGAUUGGAUAAAGUGGGGGCUCGACGGUGGCCGACGCGGGACAGUCUGGCGGUGGCAGGGGUCUCGGAAACCAUGGGUUAUUGCAGUGGCAGGUGCACGCUGAUCUUUAUCUGUGGCAUGCAACUGGUUUCUGUGCUGGAGAGGCAAAUAUUUGACUUCCUUGGAUAUCAGUGGGCACCUAUCCUGACAAAUUUUGUACAUAUUAUUAUCGUCAUCCUUGGUUUAUUUGGAACUAUUCAAUAUAGACCUCGUUACGUUACAGGAUAUGCUGUUUGGCUAAUUCUCUGGGUUACAUGGAAUGUGUUUAUUACCUGCUUCUAUUUGGAGGCUGGAGAUCUCUCAAAGGAAACAGACCUUAUUCUGACUUUUAAUAUUUCAAUGCACCGAUCAUGGUGGAUGGAGAAUGGACCAGGAUGUAAAGUGACAUCAGUGACGCCGGCCCCAGAUUGGGCCCCAGAAGAUCAUCGCUACAUCACAGUCUCAGGGUGUUUUCUGGAGUACCAGUACAUAGAAGUGGUUCAUAGUUCCCUCCAGAUUGUCCUCGCACUGGCAGGGUUCAUCUACGCCUGUUAUGUUGUGAAAUGUAUAACUGAAGAAGAGGACAGCUUUGAUUUCAUAGGUGGCUUUGACUCUUACGGCUAUCAAGGGCCUCAAAAGACAUCUCAUUUACAACUACAGCCUAUGUACAUGUCAAAAUAAUUCCGAUGACUCCAGUAUACCAGCACAGGACCUCUCAAAGAACUUUUUACGCAGUG